AUGGUGAAGAAGGAGAACAAUGGACGGCAUGGAUCCGCCGCCAGCUCGGGAGCGGACAGCUGGCGGUCGACCGACACGAUCACUCCUAGCUUUGCAUCCCGGUUUCGAGGCACACCCGUCAAAGUCAGCACCAACAAGGAGCAGAAGGUCGACAAGGACACGGAAAUCUCACCAGGCUCGAAGGUCCCAAACUCCGCAGCGCCGUAUUCUGCGAGCGCCGAUAUAGCACCCUGGGAGACCGCACGACCGUCCGACCUGGGCAGCCAUCGCAAAGACCUCUCCGUGCUCGAUAACAGCGGAGGCAAAGCGCCAUCCUACCCUCGCCAGGGUCCUUCCGCUCCAACGUUAAAUCCCCCCUGGAUAUCUGCCAACGGCUCCGCGCCAAUGCCUUCUAGCGUCUUUGGGAGCUUCUAUAACGACUCGAGCGAGGACUUUGGACAAAUGUCGCCAGGCUUUCGGCCUAACGGCGGUGAGAUUGAGGGGAUGAAUUUCCCUGGUGACGACAGGCGGCCUUCCAUCGCCAGUGCAACUACCGUCAGCAGCACUGGCUCAAAGUCCAGCGUCGGCCGUGGCUUCCACAAGAAACUUCACAACAUCUUUGGUGAAGACCCUGCGGCAGGUGAGCCAAGGCAGGAUUCGAAUGCCAGUACCGUGACCAGCAGUACGAUCAAUGGCUCCGAGCAAGCUUCUCGCAUGAGAAAUCGGAAUAAUUCCAUCCACAACACCAUAGCUAGUAGCUUUGGCAGCACGCCGGGUUCGCCAGCAAGCUCUCGUCCACGGACGCCCGGGCCCCAAUCCUCCAGUGAGGUGACGCCUUGGGCCUUUCAAGACUUCAAGGACGUACCUGCUCCUCCCGACGGCAGCCGCUACAACGCGGACCAACAGUCUAACAAAACGUCAAAAACUACCUCGCACAGGUUGCACCUUCCGCAUAGACAUAAUCGAAGUAAAGACGACUCUAAACCAUUUGACACGGCGCCGGGCUACACUUUGCAGCCGACCAUAUCUCGUGAAGACCCCGCGGGCAACUCAAGACGAAAUGAUCCCCAGGCGUAUCCACCGGCCAUAGGCUCUGCCCUGAACUCGAAGAAUCCACCCGCACCUCAGACGCUUUCGCAGAAGUCCCCUGUUGCUCCGAAGAGCGGCAAGCGCUCGAUAUUCGACAAGCUUCGAGGGCGGGACAAGGGCGAGCGGUCGGGCCCCGAUAAUUUGAAAGACCUUCCUUUGUCGUCAGUGUCUCUUCAGUCUUCAAUAAAUUCUGCGAGGGUGCCGAAGACAGAAGCAGCUCCGCUGGCCGCGAGGAAGAGGGACGCCAUUGUAGAUGAUGCAUCCAGUCAACGUGGUCAGGCUCGUCCAACCGGCAGGGACGCUGCUCCUCCAAAGCGAGAACACGGUCGCAGAUUGCCUUUCAAGAGUACAAAAUCAGGUCUUCCACCUAAAGACUAUCCUGCCGGCAAAGACCCUAACCAGGUCAGAGCUGAUGUGGCUGGAAACAAUGCAUUGUGGAAUCUCGAUACGGAUUUGAACCACAUGGAAGGUAUCGUCAACGCUCAACAAGCACUACCACUGAUGACUCCCCCCGCAUCGGAGAUUUAUACCGGGUGGCCAGGCGAUGACACGGCCGGCGAGCAGAAGCCACCCGACGGUGCCGCUGGCGCUUGGGACGCACCUGAUUCGUGGGCUGUGAAGAGAGUUCAAGACGAGAACAUUUCGAGACUCCGCGAGCUUGACGAAGCGGGGAACCCACCCAAAGAUGAAGACCCUGGAAUACCACAUUACAUACGCGUGUUCCGGACCGACUCCACCUUUGCUGUUCUCUCGCUAGGUUUGAACACUACCGUGUCUGAAAUUAUCCAAGUGCUUGGCAAGAAGACCUACCUUCAAGACGAGCUCGACAAUUACCACAUUGUCAUGCGAAAGCACGACACAUCGAAGCAACUUGAUCCCCAAGAAAGGCCACUCGUUAUCCAGAAGCGGCUGCUUGAGCUGGCGGGUUACACUGAGGCAGAUCGCCUCGACGAAAUCGGCAGAGACGACAACAGCUAUCUGUGCCGCUUCACCUUUCUGCCUGCGAAAAUGAGCGGUUACUCUAGUCUGGACAAGGACCCUGGGUUCAGCAAGAUGCAAAAGUUCAGCCAUAUCGAUCUGCAAGGUCGUAAUCUCAUCACGAUCCCCAUUACCCUGUACCAGAAAGCAACGGAGAUAACCUCGCUAAAUCUCUCGCGCAACCUCUCGCUUGACGUACCGAAAGACUUCAUUCAGGCAUGCUCGAACCUCCGCGAGAUCAAAUAUACCAGCAAUGAAGCAUGGCGGCUCCCUCCGAGUCUUAGCCUGGCAAGCAAACUUACCAUGCUUGAUGUUUCCAACAACCGCCUGGAGCAACUGGAACAUGCGGAACUGCACAGGCUGCAGAGUUUGGUCAGUCUGAGGUUGUCAAACAACAAGCUCAGCUCACUUCCCAAAUACUUCGGCCAGUACACUGCGCUUCGCAGCCUCAAUCUAUCGUCGAAUUCGUUGCAAGAGUUCCCUGACUUUCUUUGCGAUAUCCAGACUCUGGUUGACCUCGACAUCAGCUUCAACUCCAUCUCCAGUAUACCCAGAAUUGGCCAACUUGUCAACCUUGAGAGGCUUUGGGCAACGAACAACAAAUUAACUGGCAGCUUUCCGCCGACAUUCAGCAACCUAGUCAAUCUGAGAGAGAUAGAUGUUCGGUUUAACGCACUCGCCAAUAUCGAUGUCAUGUCGCAGUUGCCGUGUCUUGAAUAUCUCAUGGUGGGCCACAACUCAAUCUCAGCUUUCGAGGGAUCUUUUGAGAAAAUUAGGGUACUGCAUCUCAACCACAAUCCGGUGACGAGAUUUGGAAUGGCGGCCCCGGUUCCCUCGUUGAGCCAGCUCAAUUUAGCGUCGGCCAAGCUCGCGCAGCUACCGGAGGACUUGUUUGGGAAGCUCAGCGGAUUGACGAAGCUUGUGUUGGACAAAAACCACUUCGUGUCGGUGUCGCCUCAGAUUGGCAGACUGGUCCGGCUGGAGCAUCUGAGUAUUGCCAGGAACAAUUUGAGCAGUCUCCCACCUGAUAUUGGCCGAUUGGCAGAGCUUCGCUAUCUUGAUGUGCGAGAAAACAGCCUGAGUACGUUGCCGGCAGAGAUAUGGUUUGCGCGGAGACUAGAGACCCUCAACGUUUCAUCCAACGUACUUGACAGUUUCCCCAAACUCGGACCCAUUCCUGCACUUGUCGACAAUCAGAUUGGUUAUGACGGCACACUUGCACAAAGCCCCGGGCUGUCUCAAAGUCCGAGUUACGAAGAGCUCGGAAAGCUCGAAGAUUUUGCAGCCCGCCGUCCCAGCCAGGCAUCGGGAAGUCUUCUCAGCGUGAGCAGCUCGCCAGCAGCAUCUCAGAGAACGGGGUCCAUUGCGUCUUCUUAUGUACCGUACCCGAGAAAGGGCUCGGUACUGUCGAGAGUACCAACUGACGCGUCCAUGACUGGAACCAUCACUCCCCUUAGUCGAAAAGACUCCUCGCUCAUGAACCGCAUGGUCAUGACGUUCGCAGGAUCCCUUCGACAUCUGUUCCUUGCCGACAACAGACUGCAGGAUGAUGUGUUUGAGCAGCUCCAGACGCUAUCAGAACUGAGGAUCGUCAACCUAUCGUACAAUGAGAUUUACGAGGUCCCGUCACGCACCAUCCGGAGGUGGCAGAAUCUCGUGGAACUUUACCUUUCCGGCAAUGACUUGACCUCUUUACCGUCGGAAGACCUGGAGGAAACAAGCUCUCUGCGUGUGCUUCACAUUAACUGCAACAAGUUCCAGACGCUUCCUGCCGAGCUAGGGAAAGUUUCCAAGCUGGCCAUCCUCGACGUUGGUAAUAAUGCGCUCAAGUACAAUGUUUCGAAUUGGCCGUACGACUGGAAUUGGAACUGGAACCGCAACCUGAAGUUUCUGAAUCUGUCGGGCAACAAGCGCUUAGAAAUCAAACCCAGCGGUUCUCAACAUGCAAGGAGUCGCGAUGGCAAGGACUUAACGGAUUUCACCUCCCUAACCAGUCUCAGAGUCCUGGGCUUGAUGGAUGUCACAUUGAUGGUGCCCUCCGUGCCAGAUCAGAGCGAGGAUCGAAGAAUUCGGACAUCCGGUUCCAUGGUCGGCAGUAUGGCUUACGGCAUGGCGGACAGCUUGGGCCGAAACGAGCACCUCUCGACCAUGGACAUGGUUGUACCGAGGUUUAGGAGUCAUGAGGACGAAGUCAUCCUCGGCAUGUUCGACGGUCAAGCGCUCUCUAGUGGAGGUUCCAAGAUUGCGAAGUACCUAUACGACAACUUCAAAAAUCGAUUCUCUGAGGAGCUUGACAAGCUGAGGCCUGAAGAGACAGCGGGCGACGCCUUGCGGAGGACAUACCUGGGUUUGAACAAAGACCUCGCAACAACUGCUGUGCAAGCCUUGGAUACCAAGAGCAGUCCAACACCAACGGCUCACCGCGGCUCCAUCACCUCGAAUGAUCUGGGCAACGAGGAUCUGAACUCUGGCAGCGUCGCGACAGUCAUGUUCCUCAAAGAGAUGGAGCUAUUCGUGUCAAAUGUUGGAGAUGCCCAAGCGUUACUCAUCCACUCUGAAGGGAGUCAUCAGGUCAUCACGCGGAAGCACGACCCGGCCGAGCAAACUGAGCGCGCACGUAUCAGAGAAGCUGGGGGAUUUGUCUCUCGACAAGGCAAGCUCAACGACAUCCUCGAAGUCUCUCGUGCUUUUGGAUACAUCAAUCAUUCUCCAUCGGUCAUUGCAGCGCCACACAUAGCGCAGAUCACACUUCGCGAGUCGGACGAGAUGGUUUUGAUAGCCUCUCGCGAACUCUGGGAAUACCUUACCCCGGACUUCGCGGUCGAUGUCGCCCGGUCUGAGCGGGGCGAUCUCAUGCGUGCGGCGCAAAAGCUUCGAGACCUCGCCAUAGCCUUUGGCGCAACGUCAAAGAUCACCGUCAUGAUUCUCGGUGUCAGCGACCUGAGGAAGCGAGAACGUGCCCGAUUCAGGACUCACAGCAUGUCCAUGGGACCGUCUGGCUCCCCUGACGAGUUCUACGCGGCACGGGCCAAGAAGCGUGGACGAGAUGCUCCCCUGGACUCCAAGUUGGCGAGACUGGACCAGGAAGUCGAAGCGCCCACUGGAGAUGUCAGCUUGGUAUUCACCGAUAUCAAGAACUCAACCAUGCUCUGGGAGACAUAUCCUAUAGCGAUGAGGUCCGCCAUCAAGCAGCACAACGAGCUCAUGCGAAGACAGCUGCGCAUCAUCGGUGGCUACGAGGUAAAGACAGAAGGCGACGCUUUCAUGGUUGCUUUCCCUACUGUUCCCUCUGCGCUGCUCUGGUGCUUUACCAUCCAGAGCCAGCUGCUGGAAGUACCUUGGCCUCAAGAGAUCCUGAAUAGUGUCAACGGCCAAGAAGUCUGCGACGCCGACGGAAACGUCAUAUUCCGUGGGCUUUCGGUCCGGAUGGGCAUCCACUGGGGCCAGCCUGUGUGCGAAGUCGACCCAGUAACAAAACGCAUGGACUACUUCGGCCCGAUGGUCAAUCGAGCAGCUCGUAUCUCCUCAGUAGCCGAUGGCGGCCAGAUCACGGUGUCGUCAGAUUUCAUCGCGGAAAUCCAGAGACUGCUCGAGACACAUAUCGAGUCAGACCGAACAGGGUCCACAGGCUCCGAUGACAGCGACGAAAUGAUGAACCAAGCCAUCCGCCGUGAACUCCGCUCCCUCAUGAGCCAAGGUUUCGAAGUGAAGGACUUGGGCGAGAGAAGGCUCAAGGGCCUGGAAAACCCGGAAUACAUUUACCUCAUGUACCCGCACUCGCUUGCGAGCCGACUCGCCAUCCAGCAGCAGCGCGCAGAAGCCGAGAAGCAGGACGCCGGCAAAGACGGAGCGGGCACGAAGAUGCGAGAUAGCCAGCUGACGAUCGACACGGAGAACGUGUGGGAUCUCUGGAACGUCAGUCUUCGCCUGGAGAUGCUGUGUAGCACCCUGGAGAGCCCGGGAUCCAGUCAACUGAAGCCACCCGAGACCGCGCUACUGGAGAGGAUGAAGAACAACGGUGGUGAGAUCACGGAUCGGUUCUUGCUCAACUUUGUGGAGCAUCAAAUCUCGCGCAUCGAGACCUGCAUAACGACUCUGGCCCUUCGAAACAUAAUCCAUCCCUUCCGCAACGGCAUGCUUCAGAACGCGUGCCCCAUGAGCGACAUCUUCAGCGAGCUCACCUCGCAACUCUCCGAGCUGCAAGCGCUGAGAGAAGCCGCCGACUUCGAAAUGGCAGGUGCAUGA